CGACUCAGCACUCAGACAUUUCCAGUUGUCGUGUGUGUAGUACGUGCAAGUUGAAAUCGCUAACAAUGGCAGAAGUUGCUCCCGCUCCGGCCGCUGCUCCAGCAAAGGCACCCAAGAAGAAGGCAGCACCCCGUCCUAAGAAAUCAGGACCCAGCGUCGGCGAUCUCGUCGUCAAAGCUGUGUCUGCAUCGAAGGAAAAGAAAGGAGUGUCCUUGGCUGCAUUGAAGAAGGCUUUGGCAGCCGGUGGAUACGACGUCGAGAAAAACAACGCUCGCGUCAAGAUCGCCGUCAAGAGUCUCGUUACCAAGGGAACUUUGGUUCAGACCAAGGGCACCGGCGCGUCCGGCUCCUUCAAGCUGAACAAGGCGAAGGCAGAGCCGAAGAAGAAGGCCGUCAAGAAGGCUGCUCCCAAGGCGAAGAAACCCGCUGCCAAGAAGCCCGCCGCAGCAAAGAAGCCCAAGAAGGCAGUGGCCAAGAAACCAGCAGCCGCCAAGAAGUCUCCGAAGAAGGCAGUCAAGAAGCCUGCAGCGGCCAAGAAGGCUACCAAGAGCCCCAAGAAGGCCAAGAAGCCCGCCGCCCCCAAGAAGGCAGCAAAGAGCCCCAAGAAGGCAAAGGCCGCAAAGCCCAAGGCAGCCAAGCCCAAGGCCGCAAAGCCCAAGAAGGCAGCUCCCAAAAAGAAGUAAUUUAACAAUAGCAUCUUCCGCCGCAAGGCCCAAAAAGGCUCUUUUAAGAGCCACCCAUCUAUAUCAAUGAAAAGUUUAUUCCAACAGUUUACAUUGUAGGUAAUGUUACACGCUUCACCACAGUGAGUAACAGAUAUACAGUCGCUCAAUCACUUACUAUUGAUCAUGACGUUUCAAACUCUGCACUACAUCUUAACAUCGCCUAAUCAGGCAUUUAUCUUACAGUAGCCUACUAAAAAAACAGUCUUAUGGGUGAAUUACCAGCUAAGAACUUGUGACAACUACAUACUCUAUGCUAGAAAUGCUGUGGGUUGUGCUACAAAAAUCAACCUAUUACGUUAUAACAGUG